GACCAAAUGGAGAACCAAGAUUCUUAUAAUAAAUCGAACAAGACAACGCGACGAUCGCAUCGAAAGUCACGAGCAGGAUGUGGGAAUUGCAAGAAGAGGCGCAUAAAAUGCGACGAGAAAAAGCCCGUUUGCUCCAACUGUACGGGUCGUGCUCUUGAAUGCACGUUUUCUAUUGAUAAUGUUGAAACCUCCAUAUCGACAUAUCUACCCGAAACAACGGCUCGAUUUCGACCGUACACAUUCUCACAUAACAACCUCAAAGACAUCGAAAAGAAGGGAGCAUCUAGUUUCGAGGCAGAAUAUCAAUCGGUAUCGACGCACUCCAUCGGAAUUCAAUGCAAUUUGGACGCCCCUUCCGCGAACAAGCAGCACAUCUCUCUGGAUGACCUGCAACUUUUCCACCACUUCAUAGUUUCAACCUACAAUACCAUCAGUGACGACACAGGUAGCUGCGACCUUUGGCAGAUUCACGUCCCACAAUGGGGAAUGAACGUUCCCUCCAUUCAUCAUCUCAUCCUUGCCCUAUCUUCUCUGCACUUGAGCCAUAAAUUUCCCAACCGACGAGAUGAGUAUGUGCGGAAAGCAGAUGAUCAUUUCACUUUUGGUCUCCAGUCGGUCACGGCUGUUUUGGCUUAUCUCGAUAGUCGGACCAGUCAACAAAUAUAUAUCUCGACUGUGUUGAUUUGUUUUGUUUAUUUUGCUAGAGGACCAAGGACUGGGGAGUACUUGGUGUUUGGUGAUUAUGGCCAAUCUGAAUGGCGGGUGCUCAUGAGAGGUGUCAAAUCAAUCGUGGAAUCACAUAGAAGUGAAGUCUUUACAGGAGAUUUAGCUCCGAAUUCUCAGUCGAUGACAGUUAGUGUUAAUCCGUUAUUACGGAAGAAUGAGACGGACAGCUACCUUGAGCACCUACAAGAAAUGCGGACACUGAUUCAGCAAGAAUUGCCAUCAGAUACAGAUCGCGCCAUGUAUAACUCAGUCAUCGAUGACCUACUCGCUGUAAGGGCUGAGGUCAACAUAAAACGAUCAAUUCAGUGGCCACCAGUAGGCUUGAUGCAGGUGCUUAUCGGAUGGGUAUACCGAAUACCAGACGAGUUUGUGAACCGGCUCGAACAGAAAGAGUCAAUGGCUCUUGUGGUUUUGGCAUAUUGGGCUAUGCUUCUGAAGUACAUGCGAUCUGUGUGGUUUAUGAAGGGAUGGGAUGUACAUGUCAUGGAGGGUAUCUCUGCUUCUUUACAGAAAGAGUUUCAUGGGUGGAUUCAGUGGCCACUGCAGCAACUGGAGAAGGAUUAGAUGCCCAAUGUAGUUUGUAUUAUGUAACAUGAGAAUAUCACGUCUUAGUUAUGUCCUAGUUAGUCCCUGCUACCCCCUAUUCCAAUCACUAGUAAACUGGCCAUGAUGGCUAGCCAGUCAAUAUC